AUGGGACGAAUACCUCUACCCACCGUUCGGACCCAAGCCAAAGGACCUCACCAACCGACGGCGUACGUACCCCAUCCAGCCCAACCUCCACCUCCUCCCUCCAAGCCCGUGAAGGUGCGCUUGACCAGCGACAGCCCGGCCAUCAACGGCUCCAGUAUCUCCUUCACGGCCAAGCUGGAGUACCCCCCCUGCCAGAAGGAGGACCCCAACGGAGACUUGGUGUGGGACGAGCACUGUGACGACGGUAUGGAGCUGGAAGCCUCAGCCAAUGGUCAGGUGCGCUCUGGACCGGUGGAAGGCUGGACUACCUGGCUGGAUGACUACGGCUUUGGCAAGUGUACGGACCUGAAGACAUGCAACGUGUUCCCCGACGGGAAGCCCUUCCCUCAGAGCAACGACUGGGGCCGGAAAGGGCUACGUCUACAGGUGGCGGUCUCCUCGGUGCUGUGCCUCUCCUCGGUGCGGGAGCUCCCGGUUCAGGUGCGGGAAGCUGUACGCCCAGGGCUUGUCCUGGUGGCCCUGCACCCCUUCGUCCACCCCUGCGGCCCCCGCCACGCCCGCAUCCAGCGCCAGCUCCACCGCGCCGUGUUGCUACGGGAGACGCCCCAGAGCUCAGAGAAGAGCCAGCUGAAGUGGGCGGGGCAUCACCUGGAAACAGACGUGUGUGUUUCGGGUCAGCAGGCACCCGACCCAGAAGCGAUCCAGAACUACGUGAAGAAGAUCCAGGACGUAUCCGACCAGGGCGUGACGUUCGUGGGCUUCCUCCAGCAGCCCGGCGGGGGGCCCUGCUUCCUGGGGCCCUGGGACCCCGAGGACCUGUCCUCGCUGCACUCUAGCCCCUCCCCCAUCCACCGCCACGCCUUCAGCUCCGGCAGCAGCCCCUCGGACCCCGCCCAGCCGUCCCGGGACGCCUCGGACCCCGAGCGCACGCCGUCGGACCGGGCCGGGACGAGCCCAGAGGACCCCGGGGGCCCGACGGGCGACCCGGACUACGACCCGUCCUGCCCCGUCCCGGGACAGAACUGUAGGCCCGCCCCGGAGGAGGAGCUCCGCGCGGCCGUCCCCCACGACCCCACCCACUCAACGACGAUACCUCAAGACCCCCACCGGGCGCAACCCGACAAGGAGGGCGCCGGGGGGCCGACACACAUCUGCGGGGAGGUGCUGAGGGCCUCCAGGGGCCUCUGCCCGCUCGCCUCCGCCGAGACCCCGGACCCCGGCCCUCCAGGGGACCACUACAGCCCCCCCGGGGCCGGGAGGAGGAGAGCGGAGUGCCGGCUAGCGGACCCCGCGGACACACACCCGGGCUCCCCUCUGCUGGAGCCCGGGGCCCCCGAGGAGAACGGUAACCUGGGUUACCCGGAGGGUCAGGACCACGAGCGCGUGGAGGCCAGCCUCAACAACAACAACCACGUGUGGAACACCAAGAGCUCGGAGGAGAAGGCUGCGGACCCGCUGCCCCCGGUGGGGGCCCACACGCUGGGACGGACCCAGCUCUUUGCGCUGUACAACCACACGGGGGAGCUGGAGAACUCGUCCAGGUUCUACUCCCUCAGGGUGCCACUCUGCAUACAAAAGGAGGCGGGGCUAACCACCGAGGUCGACGCCCACUGGCUGGACCACAUGACCCAGCACUUCACAAGCGGCGCUCGCCUCAUCGACGGCUUCUUCCACCUCGCCGACGACAACGACAGCGGGAUAUCGUCCGUGGACAGUGUGUUCAUCUUCCAGAGCCCCGCCGAGGAAAGCACGGCCACCUCCUACGACGCCAUCGUGGUGGAACAGUGGACGGUGGUGGAUGGUGUCGUGGUGAGGACGGACUACAUCCCCCUGCUCCAAUCCCUGGCUCCCUACGGUUGGAGGCUGAUGUGUGUGUUGCCAACACCUGUUGUCAGGACAAACAGCGACGGCAGUUUGUCAACCAAGCAGAUCCUGUUCCUUCAGAGGCCUACGCUGCAGCGCAAGAGGAAAGACUUCAAGAUGCUGAACCUGCGAGGUCGCAGCAAGGCCCGGAAGAGCUACAGCAGCGAGACGCCCGAGAAGGAGCGGGAGAGCGCCUCCCCCGUCUCAGAGAGCGAGGUGGACGAGCUGCUGGGCAACACCAGAGAGGAGGAGGACGAGGAGGAGGAGGAAGGAGGGUUAAUGGUGGAGGAAGAGGAGCGGGAGGAGGAGAGGUGCCAGGGAGCAGGCACCUGGGGAGGUGAGGAGGCGAUAAUGAAGGAGGCGGAACUCCAAACAGAUUCUUCGCCACCGCUGUCAGAGGGAGGAAGCGUUUCCGACGGCAACCAGGAAGAGGAGUGCGCCGAGGUGGAUUGGGCCUCGACGGCCAAGCAGGAGAAGAGUGUGAGAUGGACGGACGUGUGUCAGAGGGCGGACAGUGGGCUCGAGGAGGAGAUGAAGGAUAGGAUCAAACCCCAGCUGAGCGAGAGAGCGCUCUUCUCUGGGGUUUGCUGAAGUAAAACCAAGGGACCCGAGUGGGAUUUUAAAAUGGUUGAGCCCUUUCAAAAAAAUUAUUAAUUGGAGUUAUGUUCGGUGGAGUAUAUUAUCUGUGGCCAUUGCCAGUAUGAUGUUUCUGUAGUGCUGUGGCUAAUGUCUUAAAUCUGGCCCGCGUAGAGUGUUAGCACAUGAGCCUUUAUUUGAGGUUGUAGCCCAUUAGCUCCCUGUAUAUGGUAAUUACUGUUUCACCGCUUUGGGUCAAUGUUGCUAAUUUUAAAUCCCACUCCUUUGAGGAGUAUCUGGAUGCCACACACUAAAGUAAAGCAGGUUUCCUGCCCAAGCCUUAACUUUUCUGUUCUUCAAAUCCCUGUAGUUUAACCUUCUUAUCUAGGACCGUACAAACAUAAGGGAGUAAUGAUGUCACAGGAAUCAUAUUUUUAUAUGUGAAGCAUAUUAUUAAGAAAGGAAAAAACACUAAAUCAGACGAAAUGUGGAAACAGUGGAUGUGAGUUUAUUGGCGUCGGUGAAGUAAUAAAUUGAUUUCCGGCUAAGGUUAGGUUGGCUGAUUGAACUAGAUAUAAACCGAUUCUUUUUUUGUAUCGCUUAAUUCCCGAGCACCUGUGUUAUGUGUAAGUGGUGUGAUGGUACCAUCUUUAAAUAGAGGCACAGGUGUCAAAUAAAUCAUCCUUGGCGGAAAAAAACAACCCCCUUUCCUCCCGCCGUUCUGCCUCCAUGUUAAAGAUCUGGGUAGUGUAUUCCGGCGUGCGAGGAUAAUUUGCAGCGAUAACUCAAAAAUGAGUUCCAUCAACAUGACCCCCCCGCCGAGCGAGAGCGGAGAACGAGAACAUCGCUCCCAUCUCGCUGAGGGACGCUCGCUGAUCCUGACCAAUCAGAGCACUCCUAGAGCUUCCAUUACGGUGCACCAUGGGAGACUCUGGCGCCCACCUGAAAUGAGAACCCAUUUCUGUGUACAGGUGCGUGGGUGGGUAGGUGGGGGGGGGAUGUGUGAUUGCGUUCAAACAAGCGUGAUGGGAAGAAGAAGAAAAAAAUAGGAGGGAAUGGGCAUUUAACGUGCACAUGCGUUUCAGUAUACGUGUGAGUGGGGUUGCAAGAUGAGGAUGGUCGCCAAUCAUUUUUAAAGUGAGAAAUUCAUUUUCUCACUCUAAAAAUUGGCCUUCCGGCGUAAUUGUCUAACAGAAUACGUUAUUUUCUGACUAAAGAAGACUCAAGCCGGCAGCUUUACCUCCCUGUUAAAAUCUUUACUUGCACAAAAUAAAAAUACUCCUCAGUCUUUUAAAUCACUGUACCAAAACAGUACACAGGCAUCAUUAUACAACAUUAUCGUUUUUUUUGAUUGCAUCAAAAAGAAAAAAAACACAUUUUGCAUAAUAUCACAUUUCUGAGGUAUUUAAAUAGAGGAGAGAUUGAAGAUAUUUGUCUAACGUAACGGCAGACAUGUUGCACAGUGUAAAAGGAAGGGGCCAGGCCGUUUCUAAUCCACACUCAAGAGUCCUGUGGGCUCAAAGGCAGGUCCCCUGCUGCACUGCAGGUCAAUAAGUGCAUCAGUCUUCAGCCAAGCACUGCCUUGCUGGGGUGUUUGUGAGUCUGGUCAGCCUGCAACGCCGUCAACUGAAUCCAGAAAAGAAGGCCAAGUCCCUGGGUGUUCUCUCCAUGUAUCAGGGUGCAGCAGCUGCAGGCUUGCUUACUCUGUUCGGACUCUGUUCACAUACAGGCAAGCAUAUGCUUAUAUAUUUUCAUGUAUAAAUGUUCUUACAGUAGAGGCGUGGCAGUCCUGCAAUAAUCUGAAGGUGUAAACCCAUGUUGUACUGCUGCAUCCUUGGCCAGAACAUCACGUUCAGGAUUUAAAUUAAAAAUUAAAAAAUUAAAAUAUAGAUGUAUAGGGCUGUGUCCAGUGGGUUCUCUGCCCAGUGGGAUUCUGGGGGUCUGAGUU